CAUCUGCCUCAAUAACGUGCUCUGAACCUGCUCUGAACCCGGCGAUUUAAUUUUGUUAAUUUUGAAAAAUGGCCUGGAUGUUUGGGAUGGGGGGCAAAAGGGACGGAGGUGGCGGCCCACCAAUUGACUUGCCUCCGCCCCCGGGUAGCGGUGGUGCCGGAGGCAACCCUAAUGAGACGGACCAAGAGCGAAAAUCACGAAUGGAAGCUUACAGAUUUGAUUCCGCAGCUUUGGAAAGAGCAGCUAAAGCAGCAAAAGAUCUGGAAUCUUCGCGCAAUGCCAAAGAAGCGCUCGAGCUGUCCAGAAUGCAAGAAAUAACGAGGCAGAACGAGCUGAUUGCAAAGGCCAAGGAAUAUGAAGCGCACAUAGAACAGAUGAAACUGGACACAAAACGGGUUGAGGGUGAAGAACGACGCAAGACUAUGCAAGAGGAGACUAAGCAGCACCAGAUGAGGGCUCAAUACCAAGAUCAGUUGGCCAGGAAAAGAAACGAAGAUCAGCUAAUCCAGCAGUCUCGGGCGAAUGACGAGAAUCUCCGAAGGCAAGAAGAAUCUGUUGCAAAGCAAGAGGCGAUGAGGAAAGCAACUAUUGAGCAUGAGAUGGAGUUGCGGCACAGAAAUGAAAUGAAGCGUCUUGAGGCCGAGUUGAGCACCAAAGCCAAAAUUGACCGCGAAAACCAGGAUUUGACUCUUGAGCAGAUUAGACUAAAGGCUUCAGAAAAUCGAACCACAGUGUUGGAGUCUAUUAAGACUGCGGGAUCUGUUCUUGGAGCUGGUGCUCAGGCUUUUCUGCAUGACUGGGAUAAAGUAAUCAUGGCAGCUGGCGGAAUUUCCCUCUUGGCUCUUGGUGUAUAUUCUGCUCGAGGAGCGACCGGGGUCACUGCCAAAUACAUUGAGUCGCGACUUGGCAAGCCAUCGUUGGUGCGAGAGACGUCUCGGUUUUCCGCUCUUGAGAUGUUGAAGCACCCAAUCAAUACCGCCAAGAGAUUCAAACUUCGCUCCCAGGAUGCCUUGUCAGGCGUUGUGUUAUCACCUAAACUGGAGGAGAGACUGCGAGAUGUCGCGAUUGCCACCAAAAAUACGAAGUACAACAAGGGGAUGUAUAGAAACAUUUUAUUCCAUGGACCGCCUGGAACUGGCAAAACUAUGUUUGCCAAGAAACUAGCAAUGCACUCUGGAAUGGACUUUGCCAUAAUGACAGGAGGAGAUGUUGCGCCAAUGGGCAAGGAUGGUGUCACUGCUGUGCACAAAGUUUUUGAUUGGGCAACAACUUCAAGGAAAGGUCUUUUACUUUUCAUGGAUGAAGCAGAUGCUUUUUUACGCAAGAGAAGCUCAGAGGCUAUCAGUGAGGACUUGCGUGCAAUGUUGAACGCCUUCCUCUACAGAACUGGCGAACAGUCUAACAAGUUCAUGCUGGUGCUCGCGUCCAAUACACCAGAGCAAUUUGAUUGGGCUAUUAAUGACAGAUUGGACGAAAUGAUUGAGUUUGAUCUUCCUGGCUUGGAGGAGCGAGAGCGUCUUGUCCGCCUCUACUUUGACAAAUUUGUUCUUCAGCCGGCUUCAGAGGGCAAAAAGAGAUUGAAGGUUGCCGAAAUGGACUACAGCGUGUUGUGCUCAAAAAUCGCCAAAAUAUCAGAAGGAAUGUCUGGCCGCGCAAUUUCAAAACUCGGCGUUGCCUGGCAAGCUGCUGCCUAUUCUUCUGAAGAUGGUAUCUUGACAGAGAAAAUGAUCAUGGAUCGAGUUGCUGAUGCGGUUAAACAGCACUAUCAAAAGGAGCAAUGGUUGAGUGCACAAGAAAGGCGAGAAUACAAAACAGGCUAUCACUCGCCAAAGGAUGAUCAGGCAGCACCAGUGCCUUCAGCAGGCUCUGUUUAGUUCACUCUCAGUGCAGAAAGACUGAUGUUGUCUCUGGCCUUCCCUUACCCACAAGAGACACAUCUGUUGUUGACAGUUUAUUUUAGAAAACGGAUAUUACAUUGUUAUCUGUGUAGCUGUCUCGAUAGUGGGACCUGAAUUUUCUUCGAUUGUGGAAUUUAUUCCAUGGAACACUUUUGUUACCAUCAAACAUUACAAGAUGAUUCCAACUCACUGUCAGUCUGUUGGUGAAAAUGAUUCCAAUCAAAACAAAAUAUUAAUUAAUAUUGAAAAGAUUUGUAAGUUGAUGUUCAUAGGCUGGUUCCUCUCUUUGCCUGCAUUUACUUACUGAAAUAAAGUUUCAUUUGCUAAA